GUGACUUCACAUACAAUGGCGGCAGUGAGUGUUUUCCUGAAAAAUCAACGAAUAUCCAUCGAGUAUUGAUAUACGUUAUCUGUGCCCUGAAUUCAAAACGAGCAUGGCAUGAAGCGAGAAGGUAGAUAACAGUUAUCAUGGGCUGUAGCUUUGCUAGAAGUUUGAAUAGCGAAAUCAACGCUCACGUCUUUCGAGUUUACAACGUCGACGAGCGUGGAUCGGAGCUCAGCCCGGGAAAGAUCGAAAUCGGAGACACAGAUUUGAUUCUUUAUCAGAAAGGAAAAGAACCAAUCAUUUGGCCUCUGAGAUGCCUGAGACGCUAUGGUUUUGAUGCAGAAUUAUUUUCGUUUGAGAGUGGGCGAAGAUGUCCGACGGGACCUGGAAUUUACGCGUUCAAAUGUCGGAAUGCGGAGGCAUUGUUUAACAUGGUACAGGAAUGCAUAUUACGGGCAGGUCAGGAGGAUCAUACUCGUGUUAGUCAUAAUAUAUUCACAGGAUCGAGUCGACCGAAUAGUCGACCGCAUUCCCUGACGGAAACACACGAAACGUAUGGCAUAAUGGUAAACGGUCGGAAUAAUUCAUUCAGUGGAAGUCUGGGUAAUGCCCAGCUUUACGUUAAUGGUGAUAUCGUACAGCGGAACUCUCACGAGUAUAUUAAUACUAAUACUGGUGGUCUUAGUAACGGCUUGGAUCAAACCUCUGCUCUCAUUGAUUUCCUGCACAACCCAAAUUUGGCUCCAUCCCAGGAACCACAGGUCAACUACGCGGAGCUAGAUUUGCCACGCAGCACUGAGAAUCUUUGCGAGGAAAAUAACCGAGCCGGUGGACGAUUGGUUAGUGAAACAAACAGUACAGGUGGUUUAGGGGUCGUUAGUGAGGACGUUGUGUUAGUCUCGAUGGAUUCAGACGUUUUCUUGGAAGGACUUUCUGAAGCAGCUGCGUGUCCAGAAUAUAUAAACAUUGCCCCAGAAGGUGCUCAAGGAGGGGCUGGGGCACGGGACUCGACGAUUCUCAAGAGGGAUCAUAAUUAUGCCAAUUUAACUUUAAACGGGGAAGUGAUCGCAAAUAAUAAUAACGAAGAUACGCUUGUCAAUUAUAUUCAGUUGGAUUUGAAAAACCAAACGUCAGAUAAUCCGUCACCAUGCCAGAGUAUUUCCCCGACAUCCCCCGUGAGUUUUAGUUCGCUACCAGAAUCUCCAAGUAAAAAGACAGAAAGUUACGCCAUGAUCGACUUUGAUCGCAUGGCUGCGUUGACAAGAAAAAAUAAUGAUCAAGCUGCUGGCCCCAACGAUCGGAAGACCCGACAUAACAGCACUAUCGGGGACAUUAUGUAGAAUAUUUGACUGUGAAAUAUAUAAAUGUACAGAAUCAUGUAUUCAAACAUUAAAUUGGAACAAUUCGGAACAAUUUUGAACAAUUUUGACUAAUUUAAGGGGAUAUUAUGAACAAACUUGAACAUAAGACAGAUACCUGUCGCAGAUUUUGUCAUACACAAAUUAUCAUACAACGUUUAUAUUAUAAUAGGAGCCACAGUGCCUAAGUGGGUAAGACGCUGGCUGGCUAGCCUGGAUGUCCGUGUUUGAUCCCUGCAUUGACAUCGGGAUUUUCCAGCGUGGUUCCCCCUUGUCAGUGGUGCAGGAAAGAGGGCUCGACAAGGACAGCUAUCUAGUCGUUUGGAUGGGACAAAAAAAAAAACGAGGUCCCGUGUAUACAAUAGUUUGCACAUAAAAGAUCCUUGGCAGUUAGAAUUCGAUAUAAGAGUAUACCAUAGGCAAAAUUUCCCUCAUAGCACACUGUAUGGGUUAUGCCCGUCUUCAUUUGCCCAGUUGGACGUUAAACCCCAUUUCAUUUCAUUUUAUUUCUAUUAUAAUAUAAACGUGUGAUAAUUUGCUUAUGACAAGGUCUGACAGGUGCCUUAUGUAGAGGCAAGUUUAUUACGUGUUGAAUAUUUGUAGUAAUAGGAAAGUUGAAGAAAAACAUCAUUAUGACUAAAAUUAUUAAUUUGAAAAGUUGAAAUUACAGAAUCAUAUAAUCUAAAUAAGGAUGUAAUAUAUUUUGAAUGAUUUAAGGGGACAUUACGAUGUAUUACAGAUUGUAUUUAAUAGAAAAGUUGAAGAAAAGGCUCAUUUAUUACCUGGUACUAAAGUUUAAGAAAUGUUAAUAAUUUGAACAGUUUAAAUGACAGUGUUUUAGGUGUGUGUAAUAUAGUGUGAACUAUUCAAGGGGAUGUUACAAAGUGUUACAGAAGGUUCAGUAAUGAUUAUUUAAUAUUAAGGAUUAAUGUGCCGAUAGGUUAUAUCAUAAAAAAGUUUCAGAAAAGGGUACUAACAUUCAAUGAUAUUAAUUUGAUCAGUUCAAGAAAUGUUGUUAAUUUAACAAGUUCGAGAAAUGUUACUAAUUUGAAAGAAAUAUUAUUUAUAAGAAAAGUUCAAAGUUGUGUAAUAAGAAAUUCACAUUAUUACUAAAGUUCAAAAAAUGUUAUUACCGUAUUUGACGGGGGUGUAAGUCGAUAUGCAGUACAAGUCAAAUUAAUUAUAAAAGUUACAGAACCAUUAUCAAUAAGGAAUUUCAAGAAAUGUUAUUAAUUUGAUUUUCAAGAAAUGUUAUUUAUAAAAGAUCAGAUAUCAAUUAGAAAGUUCAAGAACAAGUAUUUAGUAAAAAAAAGUUACAGAACAGUUAUUGAUUAGGAAUUUCAAGAAAUGUUAUUUAUAAAAAGAAGAGAUAUCAAUUCGAAAGUUCAAGAACAAGUAUUUAGUAAAAAAGUUACAGAAAAGAACAAUCUACAAAUAUUUUUUAAAAUUUCAAGAACAGUUAUUUUAUGAGUUAUCAAGAUGGACAAUUUUUAAAUGAGUCAGUCUUUUACUUACAUGUAUGGGCAUUUCUUAUCAAAACCUUACAAAUAGGAUUAUAAUGGAAAAAAUUGUCACACAAAGAAUGAUUUAUUAGUAAAAACUUUAAAAUGAAACUAAUUUAUACGGAAAUUUUCAACAUACAUUUAUUAUCAUUAGGAACGUUAAAGUCAAGAUUUUUUAUUGUAAAGUUUUAAAAAAAAAUGAAGUUCUAAAAGAUGCCAUUUAUAAGGAACGAGUUGAACAAAUAUAAAUCAACUCGGUGAGAAUCAGUUGAAGAAAACAACCCUAAUUGGUAAUGGAGAUUGAGAUGUGUCCAUAUAUGGAAGAAACGUACGUCGGUAUAGGUUGUGAUAAAUGUAUUUAAAGAAUUUAAUUUUUACCAUAUAUGGAAAUUUGUUUUUCAUAGGGCUCAUUUUUUUAGUAUUUUUGUUUCAAAAGAAAAGCGUAUAGUUUUUUUUGUGUUUUUUUUUAUUUAGCAUUAAUCUUGUAGAAAAAUCUAAGUCAUAAUAUAACAAGACGUUUAUUUGUUAUAAAGUAUUAUUUUCUAACAAAUUAUAUACAAUUUUUAGUAUUAUUCUUUAAGUAGAAAUUUGUCAUAAUAUUCAAUUUGCACUAAUGAAUUCGAGCACAGGUUUUUUAAAGUUAUAUUUAGUAAUAUAGAGAUUAGAGGUCCGCAUAAAGAUGCAUUAUGUAAUAGGUAAAUUGAAAUUUGUUUUAGCUAUGAUAAGCCAAUACACCGCAGCCAUAAUAAACAAUGUACGCUACAUUUUGACAAAACCUCAAACACUCAGCAUUUUGCACAGAAUGAAGUAAUUUGACUGACAUUUUCAAUAUAUACAUUUUUCAUUAUCGAUUUUUAAAUUAUUAUAGCAAGAACGGCCUGGCCCUGAGUUCACAAAACAUUCUCAGACUGAAGACUCAACUUUCAAUCACUGUUUAUGAGAAAUAUCUUUAAUCCAGAAACACAAAACUUAGCACAUAGUAUCAGUGUAUUUGAUACAUUAAAACAACAAAAGUUUUAUAAAGCGCUAUAUUUUAGUUCAAAUAAUGCGAACAAUUUUGAGAAUAUUGGUAAGUUAAGUCUGAGAAUGUUUAGUGUACUCUGGACCACCUGUUUAUCUGAAUCUUACAUGAUGCAUCUUUAAGUAUAGCAGUAGAGUUUCGUAGAUUUACGUCAAAUGAGAUAUGAUAUGUUUAUGGACAGAAUCUCUGAAUAUUUUUACUUUAAUCACAUAAUUAAAAAUGAAAUAAUGAUGAUGGUAGAAGUGCCGAGGGAACCAAUCUUUUUAUUGUUCAUUAUAACUUUCCGCAAUACCAUCCUUCUUUUUGUUAGGCAUUCUGUAUGCAUCCUCCCCCCACUGUUUCGAAACAUCUAUGAUGAUAUAUGAAAGGGGAAUUUUGCCACUGCAGCAGUUGUUUAGCAAUAUAUUAUAUAGUGUUACAUAUACCAGUAUACAAACCACAUGAUUUUCUCGUAUUGCCUUCAAUUAAAUAUUUUUCUUUGUGUUAUGAACAAUUUAAUUAAACUACAGAUCUGUAUAAAAUUACGAUUGUGGUAUGCGUGUCUUUAUUAGCCCUGGGUAUCACGGUGGCUCAGUGGGUAAGACGCUUGCUCGCUAGCCUGGAGAUCGCGGGUUCGAUCCCGAUGUUAGCCAAGAAAGUUCAUCUGGAUUUUCUGGCGUACUUUUCCCUUGUCAGUGGUGCAGGACAGAGGGUCUGACAAGGACAGCUGUCUAGUUAUUCGGACGGGACAAAAAACCAAGGUCCCAUGUAAACAUUGGCGUGCACAUAAAAGAUCUCUUUGCAGUUGGAAUUUGAUAUAAGAGUAGACCAUAUGCCACUGUCCGGGCUAAAUUUCGCUCACAACACACUGUAUGGCGUAUGCCCGUCUUCAUUAACCCAAUCGGAGCAGAACAGUAGUACGUUAAACCACAUUUCAGUUCAUUGAAAGAAGCUCUUCUGGAAUUUUGAUAGAAGUAGGACGUUAAACCACAUUUCAUUUCAUUUCAUUGAAAGAAGCUCUUCUGGAAUUUUGAUAGCAGUAGGAUGUUAAAACCACAAUUCAUUUCAUUUCAUUUUGUACAGGAUCUGUGUUUUAAUCUGAUUGUGUUGUGAAUAAUUUGUGUUAAUUUUGUAUAUACAGAUUGUGAAUAAUUGUGUUAUGAAUAAUUUGUGUUAAUUUUGUGAAUUUUGUGUUUGUCUAUAUUGACUUGUUUGUAUUACAUUUCUUGACUAGUGUGUAUUAAAGAUACAUUAUGGGAGAUUAGAUAAAGAGGUGGCAGUUCUCACUAUCAUAGUUAAAAACUAGAUAAUGUAAAGGCAAUUUGCUGAAAAUUUCAGUCAAAUUGAUCCACUAUGAACCGAGAAUUAAGCGAUUGAAUUUUCUGUCUAGCCUCGAUCAUCAUUACUAAAGUAUGUACGACAAAACCAUAGUCUCGAUUAUCCAUUUAAUGAUUAAAUCAUAAAUGAAGGUUGAGCAGCAAAUCGGAUCCUAAUCCAAUAAACAUCGUAGGCUAGCGUUGACAUCGAGAGUUGAUUAUGAUCUGGAUAAGUUAAUUAAUGUUUAAUUAAUAAUUUAAAUAACACUUCAGGCCAAAAGAAAGACCUGCAAUAUGCAGAAUUAGCUCUAGCAUAAUGUAUGUUUUAUGUGUUGGCCACACAAAUUUCAUUUUCUGUUUGAACUCUUGUUAGAAUUUGGCUUCUUAUUUCUUCGGGAAAAAAGACUGAUUUAAACAACAAAAGUUUUGAAAUUUGAACAAAACACAAGAAUUGAGUGGGUUAUUUAUUAAACAAAACCCAGAGAAACUAAAUUCUAUUAUUUUACUAUGUAAUAUAUGCCACACCAAUUUUACAUUUCAGAUCUUUGAGAACACCCAUCGGUACUAAAAUUAAUAAGCAAUGUUUCGAUGAUUAUGACACUAGUCGUUUGGAUGGGAUGAAAAACUGAGGUCCUGUGUACAAAUUGGCGUGCAUGUAAAAGAAUCCUUGAAAGUUUAAAUUACAAAUAAGAGGCGGCCAUAGUGCCACUGUCGAUACAAAUUUUCCAUGCGCGUCUUUAGUAGCCCAGUUGGUGCAGAAAAGUAGGAUGUUAAACCCCAUUUCAUUUCUCUCAUUUUCAUCCAGCAAAUUGUCCAAACGUUGCUUUGUAUCUUUUUAUAACAUAUUAAUGUUUGUCAAAGAAGUAACCUAUUACAAUGUUGUAUCCUGUUUCUUAAUGGUUGGGUGGCCGAAUGGUUUUAACAAGUGCGUGUGAAAUCACAAAGUCUGUCAUUGAGUCAAGUGGCGUGGGGUUGAUUCCCUGCUUGUUCAUGCGAGAAGAAGGAGCAGGGUCGCCUGCCAAAUCUUGUGGGUUUCUCCGGGUCCUCCAUGCAGGGAAUUGAAACCACGCCACUUGACUCAAUGACAGACCGUUCCGCCACCCAAAUCCCCCAUAAUAGAAUAAAAAACUGUUACCAUGACAACCAAUAAAACCGAGUCAGAAUCUAUAAAAUACAAUAAUGCUAUAUUUCUAAUAAAUUUCAACAGACAUAAUAUAUUAAAGUAGCUAAGUUUCUAACUCAUUAUCAUCCUAAGUCUUACACGUUGAAAACACAAAUUAUUUGUCAUUUCAAAUUAAUUUGAUGUUGUGAUCUUACCAGGAAAAGGUAUGCUUCUGAUAUCCAAUAUUUAAGACAAAAUAAACAUUUAACCAUUGGUACACGAAUCGUGUACCAUAGUGCGUUUCAUCGUCAUUUAUAACAAGUGACCAGAAAGAACAAGGCUAGACAUAUUCAACAUUUUCCCCGGUAAGAUCACAACAUCAAUGUUGAUUUAAAUUAACCAAUAAUUUGUGUUUUCAAUGUCGAAGACUUUGGAUGAUUUUAAGUUAGAGACUUAGCUACUUUAUAUAGCCGUGUGGAAAUUUAUGCCCCUUCCCAAUCAACCUGAAAAUUGUCUCUGGUCUUUCUUACACUGCAUUAUUUUGUUUUCAAUUUCUUGUGUUAUUUCUGCCAUUUUAAAUGUUGUUUUAUUUCUGCCAUUUUAAACAUUGUUUUCGUCCACAAUAUUUUAUAUUUGCAUUUAAAUGAAGAAUGACAUAUUUUUAAUUUUUGUAUAUUUUUAUUUUCAAGCCUGUUACAGUCAUUGGUUGUUAUGAUCAGCAUAUUGAACAAUAGCUAUCUAUUUAUGUUUUAUAUUGACCAAUAGUUAUUGCUGUCUCUUGUCUAUAUGUAUGUUCCUUUGCAAUAAAAGCUCUUUUGAUUGGUCAGUGACAAAAACCAUCACAUCGUCUUUUGUGGUCUGUAAAUUUCUCCUCUUGUCAAGUUUCAUUGCAAGUCAGUUAUAAAUGAUGUCACGGUUUGAGUCGGUACCUGAUUAGGCUUGGUUCUCGGACUUAAGCAAGGUACCAACUGAAACUUGGUACCAAGUCAAGCUGUGAUACCGGUUAUGACUGGCAAUUAGAUAUGGUGUCACGGUUUGGCUCGGUCCCUGCUUAGGCAUGUUUUCCGGUGCCUGGAACUCAAAUCAUUACAUAAUGCAAGGUACCAAUCCAAGCAAGGUACCACAUCAAAGUGUGACAUCAGAAUAAGUCAUGAAAGAGAUUAAUUCACAAAUUAGAUAUGGUGUAACAGUUUGGCUUGGUACCAGAUUUGGUAUGGUUCCCUGAGCCUGGGACUCAAGCCAUUACAUAAUGCAAGAUACCAAACCAAACAAGGUACCAUGACAUUAAUUUAAUUUAUAAAUUAGAUACGGUGUCAAGGUUUGGCUCGGUACCUGGUUAGGCAUGGUUUCCAGAGUAUGGGACUCAACUCCUCACAUAUACAAGGUACCGACCCAAACGAGGUACCAAAUCUAACUGUGACAUCUUAAUAAGACAUUAAAGAAACUAAUUUAUAAAUUUGAUUCAAUGUCAUGUUCUGGCUCGGUACCUGAUUAGGCAUGGUUCCCGGUGGCUGGAACUUUAAUCAUUACAUAAUGUAAGGUACCAACCUAAAUCAGGUACCAAAUCAAACCUAAAUGAGAUUAAUUUAUACAUUUAAUGGUAAGAUGUUGUUGUUAUGUGUUUAUCGAGUUUGUUUUUGUUGUUAUAUGACGUGCCAUCUUUUAAAAUCUUUCGAAAUAUUUGAAAGAAUUGUUUAGUUUUAGAUAAUAGAAUGCCAUAUGUAUAUUUUUUCGAUUCUAUGAAAAAUCAUCUCGGCUUAAUAAAGUGAUAUAAAACCUA